CCUGGGGCGCUUGCUCCGGAGUCCCCGACGGGCAGCACCGCUCGCUGUGCUCAGGCCCGGAGAGGUGUCCCCCGCGGGGCUCUGGUCCUUUUGCUCUGGCGACCCCACGGGCCUCUGCGCCUCCACAAGAGCCCUUUAGAGGCUGUUGUGUCGAGGGAAUGAACCAGCCCUUGACCCUUUCCCUCAUCACAGCGUGAUGGGUCACCGAGCCCUGUGAGGACCCCAGAAGCAAUUUCAGACCCUUAGGGCUCGGCACCCACUUGGAGGGGGGCGUGCACUCGCUGAAGCCCGUGCCGGUUAAGGACCAGGCUUGGGGGCUCACAGAGCGGAGGGAGGCUUACGCUUAGCAGGUGCUGAAUGGGAGUCCCAAGCAGGUGUGUGGAGUGGGGAGCAGAGGAGCGGCCGCCGCCACUGCGGUGGGGAGCUGCGGGUUAGUUCCCGCAGUGAAGCGCCUGGGGGAGUGGGUGCAUUGGGAGCGCUGUGGACACAGGGGAAAUCAGGUCCACAGCGCAUCUCAGCCUGGGCCUCUGAAACGCGCAAGUCAAAACCAAACAGCUGGCCUUGCACCCUUCUCGGUAAGUGGCACCACCAACCCGCCCCCCGCUCUUGCCCCUCCCCGGGUGCCCUCGCCCACAGCAGGCGUAGCUCCCACACCUGAAAUCCAUUUUCCACGCCUGAAAUCCAUCUGGUUUUCACGUGCUCCACGGCCUCGCUCUAGUCUCAGCUGCGGCUGCUUACUGACUAAUGCAAGAGUUUGCUCGCUGGUCUCCUGUUACCCCUUUUGCGCGUCCCCAAUCCGUCAUCUAAGCAGCAGCAGUAGUGACCUUCCAAACAAUGUAAAUUCUUUAACUGCCUCUGUUAAAUCCUCCGACGUAUCUCCGUGGUGCUUACAAUAAUAAAACACAAGCUCUUUCCCCAUGGAUCUUGCAUGUGACCCUCCUCAGGCUACUGCUCCCGCUUCACCACCUGACACUUUCCUCCUUGUUCUUUCCGGCCCAGCCACGCUGCACACCUGUCCUGCUUCAGGAGCUCUGCACCUAACUAUUGCCUCUGCCCGGCCCACCCCCCACUCUCCCCCCCGCCAGGUCUUUAUGUGGUUUGGUCCCUUACUUUGUUCAGUUCUUGCUCAAAUGUUCUUUUUCAGGGAGGGCUUUCUAAACUACCGUGGGCCAAAAGAGCCUUUCCGGUCACUCUAUUCCAUCACGCUGCUUUCAUUUCUUCUCCGCACUCCUUGAAGUUCGUACUGGUUUCUUGGUCUCUUUGUGAGGGCUGGGACCUGUCUGUCUUGCCUGCCACUGCAUCCCUGGCAGCUAGAAGAGAUGCUUUUGUGGCAGCGGCGGCAGGGACGACCGGGAUGAGGCUCAUGCGGGUAGGCCGGACCGAGGUGAUGGCCGGCUGGACCGGGACACGGCAGGGGGAGGUGACGAGGAGGGGACUGAUGCUUGGCUACUGUGGCUCUUGGGCAGGUUACUGUACUAAGUUACCAUUUCUCAGCUUUCUCUUUGUAUUGCUGGGAGACUUGCCGAGAAAAAACCAGAACUCAAUCAGCGGUAGAACUGGUGAGGGGUGGCCGCAGGGGAGCCAUCCUGGUACAAGUCUGUGGCUUUCCUAUUUGCUUUCAUGCUCUUCCUGUGCGUGUUGUUUUUUGUUUUUUUCCUAAAGCUCCAUUUAAACGACUCCCCAGGAAACCCAAACUACUUCAGGCAAACCUUGUACCAGUAUGUGUUGUACCCCUCCCAAACCUUGCACCAGGAUGUGUUAAAUGGGUGUGUUCUGUUGUGGCUUCCGCCACCUGCUGCUGCCCGGCAGUGGUUUCCUCUCCCUGGAGGAGCAAACUCCCUGAGGGCGGUGCCAGGGGCUGUCAUCUCUGAGACGUGAGACGCAGGGCCUGCCACCACUCUAGACUUUUUUUUUGGGAAAUAAGCUGUGCCAUUUUCACUAAAGCUCAUUAGGUACUUGAGUUUCGUGGGAAAUGCUGAAAACACUUGUGGUGCCUCAGUUUUAAAGUGGCUGCAAGUCCUUUUGGAGAAAAAGUUGACCCAAGCGUCCCCUAAUGACAGCGGAAGGGAAGCGAGGGCUGGCAUAGCAGGUGUGCUCGGUCUGUCCUCUGGGAGAGGGACCCCGGAGAGAGCCGGAGGGCACGCUGAAGAAGAUAAAUAGAAGGACCUAGCUGCUGGGCCGUGGGUUGCUCUCGGGACCGGGGAGGUGGAGGCCGGGCCAGGGCCGGGGGCAGUCCGCUCAUCGGCUCUCUCCUUGCAGGCCCUGCCAUGUUCCGCAGGGUAGGCUGGCUGGUCCUGUACAGCCUUGCCGCGCUGCUGCUCAGCUGCCUGUUCUUCCUGAAGGAGGCGGCCCACCCAGCGGGGGGCCCCAUGGCCCGACAGCCCUUCUGGGCUCCCCCAGGGCCCCGGCGCAGCCAGUGUCCACCCAACCACACGGUGGCCAAUGCCUCCCUGUUCCUGCCUAACCGUCACCGCCUCUUCUUGACCUAUCGCCACUGCCGCAACUUCUCCAUCUUGCUGGAGCCUUCGGGCUGUGCCGAGGACACCUUUCUGCUCCUGGCCAUCAAGUCGCAGCCUGGCCACGUGGAACGGCGUGCGGCCAUCCGCAGCACGUGGGGCCGGGCAGGAAGCUGGGCUAAGGGCCGGCAGCUGAAGCUGGUGUUCCUCCUGGGGGUGGCAGGAUCUGCGCCCCCAGCCCAGCUGCUGGCCUACGAGAGUCGGGAGUUUGAUGAUAUCCUACAGUGGGACUUCGCUGAGGACUUUUUCAACCUGACACUCAAGGAGCUGCACUUGCAGCGCUGGGUGGCAGCUGUCUGUUCCCAGGCCCAUUUCAUGCUAAAGGGAGAUGACGAUGUCUUUGUCCAUGUCCCCAAUGUGCUGGAGUUCCUGGAUGGCUGGGACCCAGCCCAGGACCUACUGGUGGGAGAUGUCAUCCGCCAGGCCCUGCCCAACAGGAACACCAAGGUCAAAUAUUUCAUCCCACCCUCCAUGUAUAGGGCCCGCCACUACCCACCCUAUGCUGGGGGUGGAGGGUACGUCAUGUCCAGAGCCACUGUGCGGCACCUGCACGCAGCCGUGGAAGAGGCUGAACUCUUCCCCAUUGAUGACGUCUUCGUGGGGAUGUGCCUGAAAAAGCUGGGGGUGAGCCCCAUGCACCAUGCUGGCUUCAAGACAUUUGGAAUACGGCGACCCCUGGACCCUCUGGACCCCUGCCUGUACAGAGGGCUCCUUCUGGUGCACCGCCUCAGCCCCCUGGAGAUGUGGACCAUGUGGGCACUGGUAACAGAUGAGGGGCUCAAGUGUGCAGCUGCUCCCUUGUCCCAGCUUCGAGGGAUACAAUAGAGACACUCCAAGGAAAGAAGGAAACGAGAAGUGUG